CUCUGUGCGUCACGCAGACACGCAGCAAAAGGAAUCACGUGGGAGAUUCACAACUGAGGAGAGGUUCGUGCUGUUCUGCUGAGAAGAAAGAAAAGUGGAUCAGCCAUGGUGAAAGGAGACGUGAACAAGCCCAAGGGAAAGACGUCUGCGUACGCAUACUUCGUGCAGACGUCCCGCGACGAGCACAAACGCAAGAGUCCCGACGUGCCAAUCAACUUCUCCGAGUUCUCCAAGAGAUGCUCCGAGAGAUGGAGGGCGCUGAGCGCGGCCGAGAAGACCAGGUUCGAAGAGCUAGCCAAAGUGGAUAAGGUUCGCUACGACAAGGAGAUGAAGACGUACGUGCCGCCCAAAGGCGUGGGGAAGACGGGGAGGAAGAAGAAGGACCCGAACGCCCCCAAGCGCCCGCCAUCUGCCUUCUUCGUCUUCUGCGCGGAGUAUCGGCCGACGAUAAAGAGCGAGAACCCCGGCCUGUCCAUCGGAGAAACCGCGAAGAAGCUUGGAGAGCGGUGGUCGAAGCAGAGCGCCAAAGACCGCGUGCCGUUCGAGCAGAAGGCCGCCAAGCUGCGCGAGAAAUACGAGAAGGAGGUGGCGGCGUACCGCGCAGGGGGCGGAGCCUCCAAGAAGGCGCCGGGGCGACCGACCGGCUCCGCUAAGAAGGUCCAGCCCGAGGCGGACGACGACGAUGAUGACGAAGAGGAGGAUGAGGAGGACGAGGAUGAAGAGGAGGACGAUGAUGAAGAUGACGACGAGUAAUUCAGCGUCACUGAUGGAUUUGAUUUUGUGUUUUCCAUCUUGUACAUGUCUAACGACUCGAGCAAUAACGCAAGUGAUCUCUUUUUAGAUUUAUUUUUAUUUUUGUACGCGUCUAGCGGUUGAUCCUGUAAUGUGUAGAAGGGCGUUUUUAUAAUAAAUUUUUAAAGACUUUGA